UGUUGUGGGAUAAUCCCAAUGAUCCCUCCCUUUCCUCUGCCCCAUCCACUGAGAAGACGAAGCAGCGGAUAUCAGGAACGUCGUGUCAUAAUGGUCGCUGAACAGCUGAGAUUUUUCUCAAUCCGUGGUGCUUUAUAGCAGCAUCGUUUUGUUGCAUGGGUUUCGUUAAGCAUACGUGCAGAUAUGGCUCGGCACACGGUCUUUUCGACUUACGUACUCAGAAAUGUGCCCAUCAGGACAGCUGUCAUAGUCAUGGCCAUGCUUAUCUUCUUCAAAUAUGUGUUCACAUGCCCUUGCACAACUCCCGAGGAAACUCUCCUGCACUGCUGGCUCUACCUGUGCCUGCCAAUAGGCAUACUGUUCUUCAUUAUGAUCCUCAUGGACGCUCGGCUCCUGAAGAUGUGCAGAUGUUACGUAUGCAGAUGUUGCGUGAGCGGCCAGAGCAGAUGCUGUAAGAGUGAGUGCUGCGAUACUUUUGAAUGCUGCUGCUGUGCUGGUGGUUACUGUUAUCACCCAGAGCGUUGUGGACAGGAAGGCUGGUAUUACUGUGGUGUUAUUUGGAAACACCUACUCAAUGUCUUUUAUGCGGCAUCGCUGUGGAUAGUCGUUGCAUUUAUAGACGGGGAUUGGUACGUUUGCGUGCGGACCGUUAAUGUGAACGGUACUGGGGAGCAAAUUGCGUGCAAGGAUCUACCAACUCCACGAGAAGCAGAGAUUCUAAGAAAAUAUGAUAGUGAAUCACGGGUAAUUGGCCUAAUUCUUAUUCUUGGCCUUUCGUUUUUGUUGACGAUAAGUUCAUCUCUCAUGACCCGAUGGAAGCCGUAUUAUAAAUCGCUCUAUGAUGUUUAUGUGGAGCGGGAGACUUCAGCCAUUCUGGAGGACAAACUACACGAAAAAGCUGUGGAGAGAGCCAAACAUGUCAGUGAGCAUUCACUGAGGAACUUUCAAAAUCCACACAUGAACAUUCAGGGUGAUGCUCAUCAUGUUCAGUAUCAACAGUUAGGGAAUGCUGAAGAAGACAUGUGGCACAAAAUAUCAGACCCAGCCCUACAUUUAAUGGAGUUGCCAUAGACACUGUAAACUUUAUGCCUGCUACCUGCAUCUUGCCAAAGGAAUAGUGUACCACUGUUUUCACAUUUAUUUGCAUAUUCCAAUUGUAAUAAUUGUGGGUUUAUUUUCUGUUUAAUACUGAGGUACAAGCAAUUCAUUGCGUUCAAUAUUGCAAAAAAAAUGCUAUACAAAUAGCAAGAGGUUCAAGAGAACUCCAAAUAAAAUACUGAGGGUGCUAAGGAGGUUAGUAU